AUGCUGCCCGCCGAGAAAAGGGGCGCAGCGCACCCCAGGGAUUCUCCGAGCCCCGAACCCUCCAUGUACAGGCACAGGCCCGCCUCGGAGCUGACUCAGGACAUUUCCCAUGUGCUAACCAAAGUCUUUAAGAGCUUAUAUACUUCAGAGGUGAUAGCAGCAAACAUGGUGGAUAAUAUGAUCAAAUCCCGUGGAGGAAAAAAUCCCCAUCAUGAAUACUUUGUGGAAGAAUUGCGAAAGCUCCGUGAAGAGUAUAAUCACCGACAAAUGGAGGCACAAAUGCUGGAAAAACACAUCAUCCAAGCAAGGGCCCGUGCCACCGCGGAAGAAGAAAGGAUCUUGGGUUUAUAUCAGCUAGAAAUUCCGGAAGCCUACCGCCGAGCUGCAAUGCCAUCAGUGAAGUCUACAUUCAGAUGGUGUGUGGAUGGCGACCUUCUUAAAAAACACCACUUAAUCUGCCCUGAUGAUUACAUCACAGAUCCGGUACUAGUAACCCAUGCUCCUAAAGAUGUCUCAGAACCGGGCUAUUUGAAAGAAACUGAUUGUAAACAUUAUGAACCUCCUAAUUCAGAAGCUCUCCAAUUCAAGGAAAAUUCACGCAUCAAAAAGCUAUGGGCAAGUCUUCCCGAUGUGUCUUUGUCCAGUUUAACUCUGGACUCUUCAGAUACUAAUUUUUCAGACGGAUCUGGUGAAUCGUAUAUAAAAAAGAAAGCUAAAGCCUUGGGCAAACCUGUCUGGAUGGAUGAAAUGACCCGAGCUGACCGGCAGAAAGACCGCCUAUAUCUUCAGAGACUGAAAGAGCGCCACGAUUUCCUGAAGAAUCCUCGCUUUUUCCCACCUAAUUCACUGCAUGGAGGCAAGUCCUUGAUUCUGCCUCAGAAGAAGGCGGAGCGGAUAAUAGGAGGAAAGAGAAAGUUUGUGAUGGAAAGCGAUUCCCAGUCAGUACCGAUCUUCCUAUCAAACCCUCCUGCAGUGGUGUUUACGGAAUAUGAAGUUGGGCAGGUUUAUGAGAUGACAAUAGAGUUACAGAACAUGACCUCAACAUCCCAAGGUGUCAGAAUUAUUCCUCCAGCUACAUCUGCCUUCUCGGUUGUGAUGGGGAAGUUUCCAGGUGAAGGUGGACUCGUUGCUCCUGGGAUGAGCUGUUUCUACAUCGUCCAGUUUAUCCCUGAAUAUCUUUCAGAUUACGAUGAUUACCUCCUGGUGGAAUCGCAGGCAGCCUAUCCGCUCCUGGUCCCUUUGCAAGGGAGAAGGCCGCCUCCUGUCUUAACAUUGCCACACAUCUUGGACUGUGGAGCCUGCUUGGUGGGUGGAGUAAAAUUUGUAGAUUUUGAGUGCAAAAAUGAAGGGCUUAGUGUUGGAAAAUUUUGCAUCAUGCCGAAGGACAUGUGGCCACCGCCUAACUUUCGGUCUGUCGCCACUCUGGGUUACGUGGAACAAUAUCCAUUUGGGAUUUGUCCAGCUGUCUUUGAACUUGCUCCGGGUCAGUCUAUCCCAAUCGAGGUAGUGUUCAUGCCCGUUUCUGCUGAAAUCCUAUCAGUGACAUACAUCACCGUUUGUGACAACUGCCAUAUCAACGAGAUUAUCGUGACAGGACUCGGAGAGGUGAUAGCGUUGGAACUUUUGUCCGUUUCUGGUGGAGAGAGCACUCCUCUGCCCGGGGAGCUCAUAGACCUGACCUCGCAGCAUCUUGUUCGCUUUAAUCCACUGAAUCCGCAUUCGAUGGCAGAGAAGACACUGAUUGUGAGAAACAUCACACACAUAGAACUUCCUUUCUUCUGGCAGAUAGUGAAGCCCAAUCUGCAGUCACCAACCCUGGAAGGGAAAAUGGACAUUGCAAAUAUAAAGUACAACCUGGACACAGAGACCGCUUUCUCUGUCAUUCCUAGUUCUGGGACUCUGCAUCCCCAUUCUGAUCACCCAUUCACCCUCUGUUUCUCUCCACAGCAGCUAAAGAAAUACCACAGCGUGCUUCAAAUAGUGCUGGAGGAUAUCCCAGCAUCACAUUGUCUUCAGAAUUCAGAAUACUACGAAAGUGGAGAACGGAGAAAGGAAGAUGUGAUUGUCUUAGAAAUCGACACCAAAGGCUCCACGGAACCAUUUCAGGUCUUGCUGGAACCUUCUGCUAUAAUCAUUCCGGGAGAAAACUACAUUGGUGUGAAUAUUAGGAGAACAUUUAAGAUGCUUAAUAAUAGCAACUCUGCCAUCACAUUUAGAUGGGGGAAAAUCUUUGACUGCGACAUAGUGGAAGUUGAACCUUCUACCGGAAAGUUAGGUAAAAUCUCUUUUUAUCGCGGAAGUCAUGUGUUUGAGUUUGUGAUCACAGGAGGGAAACCGGGCCAUUCCUGUCACAAGCUAGAAUGUGAAAUCACUCACUCAGAGGAGUCUGCCUUUUUGUACAUCGAGGCUGACUUUAAGGGGCCUCUUCUUACCAUUGACGUGACGUCCUUCGAUAUGGGUCUGAUUAAACUGGGAGAAAAAGUGAAGUGUGCUUUGGAAAUAGAAAACUUAAGUCAGCUGCCAGGAAAAUGGAAAAUGCAGGAAAGACCUACCUGCAUAACAGAAAGAGGCGAGGAGGUUUCGGCAUUCAAAAUUCAGCCUUCUAGUGGGGAAUUGUGUCCGCUGGGCAAAUGCCGUGUCUCGGUGUUGUUUACAUCAUAUACAUGUCAUCAUCUCCAAACUGUAUUAGAGAUGGACGUGGAAAAUGGAGUUGGAAGCCACAUCCCUAUAUCUGUGGAGGUUCAGGUGCCCCAGGUGUGUCUGCUGCCGAGUCACCUACACUUCAAACUUUCCAUUGGGAUCCCCGCCGAGGCAACAGCCCACCUAUUCAACCAGACGAUGCUCCCCACACCCUUUAAAUGGGGAGAGCUCCUUGGAAGCCAGGUGUCUUCGUGUAUGCUGAGCAUCUCUCCAGAAAGUGGCGUUUUGGGCCCAAAUGAGAAGAAGGAGUUCCGUGUGGUGAUGACAUAUAAUAAGAAGGAUAAGCCAGAGGACCUUAUCUUGUGCUGUAGUAUUGAAGAUAUGUCAGAACCCCUCUUUCUGUCUAUUUCUGGUGAAUUAAAAGAGCUGUGUAUCACUUACUCGAUUCCCUUUGACAGGGACAUGAUGGUGGAAAAAACCAGACGGAUAACAAGACAAUUUGCAAAGAGGAAGCAGUCAGCUUUCCGAGCGUCUGUGCUGUCCCAUGGGAAAGGAGCGGCUUUCCAUGUGCAUCCGUCGGAGGGAACCCUGAAGGCUUUCCAGGAACUUACCGUAGAAAUCACAGCCUACAACAAUAUGUGGGGACAUUAUAAGGACACUCUCAUCUGUAAGGUGGGUGAAUCAGAGCUGAAGGUGAUCCCCAUAGAAAUGUCUGUGAAAGGCUGCCCCAUCUUCCUGCAGAUGACUGGACCAAGCCAUCCCGUGGCAAUACCCACCCUCAGGUUUGGAGCCCAUAUCUCUGGAGGAGACACCGUCUCACGGUACAUCCGUCUCAAUAACCCCACUCCCUUUGAGAUCCGAAUGGACUGGGAAAGUUACAACCAAGAUAAAGACGAUGACAAAUUGAUUGAUCUGUUGGUGUUUUAUGGCACACCAUUUCCCAUCAAGGACCCCGAUGGCAAUGAGAUCAAUGUCCUAUGGGAGUCAGACACAUCCUCUAAGAAUAUAUCUUUCACUUCCGACUCUACCUGGUCAGCAACCAAGGAGAACACGAGUCUGGAGACACUAUUUGAGGUUGAUGAAGGAAGUUCUGAUGAUUCCCUCUGGGAACCACUGACGUUCAAGCCAAUAGUCUCCGUAGUCCUUCGACCUCACGAGGGUGAACCUUCGGAUUACCCUUUCUGCAUUACUCCCAAACAGAUCGUUCUCCCUGCAGGUGGCUCUGCUGCCAUUCACAUCUCCUUUACUCCUCUGAUGCUCCCAGAAAUCAUCCAUAAGUUCGAAUGUGAAGGUUUUGCACUCGGCUUCAUGAGUCUGGACAGAGAGGUUAUCCGGAAAGUCCCUGGGAAAGUAACUCGUGAAGAUGGACAUUCGCUUGCCCCUCUGAGGAUUGAUUUGCAAGCAUUCGUCAAGCCUGCUUUGUUGACAGUUGAAACGGAUUAUGAGAAAGGUUUGGUGUUCCAUGCAGCGGCCAGCAGUUUAAUUCCAAAACCUGUUGCCAAGGAUGUACUGACCUACUCAGCCACCACCCUGAACGUGAAACUCGCCAAUAACACAGAGACCCCUCUGGCAUUCAGUCUUAUUUUAUCCACUCCCUUCUCCAUAUCCAGCGUGGACCCUGCGAAGAGCCUGAAAACAUCUCAGAGUGAAAGAGAUGAAGGAGGAGCACACCUGCUGCUCUACACGUUAGAAAAUAUAUUGGUGAAGGUGUCAUUUAUCACAACUCUUGAGUUACUCACCUACCAACAUCUCCCAGAGGAUCUUCAGCCAUCAGGGCUUCAAGUGAUCCAGCAAGAUAGCGGGGAUAAAAUCUUGGAGUUUAAACAAGAUCUUAUCAUCGAGUACAGCAACAAAGCCACGCAGGUGCUCCCCCUGACCGCAUACCUGACUAUCCCAGUACUUGAGCUUUCUUGCAAAACGAUUGAUUUUAAAACCUGCCUGGUCAACCAAAUGAGGUCUGAAGUGGCACUUCUGGUGAACCGCAGUGGAUGCAGAAGCUACUGGGCAGCUUUCUUGCAUGAAGAUGAACGACAUAAAGAUCCUGAAGUGUUUUCCAUCUCUCCAAGUAGUGGUAUCCUUGAGGCGCGCAAAGGUAGCACGGCUACCAAAACCCAACUGAUGGUCCGUUUCACCCCGAGAGACAGUUUGGCCUAUGAAACUACGGUGACGGUUGUUGGCAUGCUGGGAGAGAAGCCGUGCCUGCUGCUUGUCCAAGGAAAGGGCUCCUACAAUGAGAGGUAUGAAGACCUGCUCACGGGCACCUGAAGAACAAGCCCCACCGGGGGCCUUCUUGCAAGCAGCUUAAUGGUAACUGGUGUUUUUUGUUUGUUUUUUUGUAAUACUAGAGGAAAAUAAAAUAUUUCUAUAUCCUUAGCUUGGGUGCAAGCUUGACUUCUCAAAUAAGGAUCUUGCAUCUGCAUAGAACGUAAUAGAGUUGGAAGGGACCUC